AUGAGAGGUUACGUGAAAACUGGCUCUGUAAUAUUAUUACCAGGUGGUGGUUACUAUGUACCAUGUAUAUUUGACAAUAAAAUAGUAGAUGUUAUGGUUGAUGGAAAACCAAUAGAAUUUUUUUUACGGAAUACAUCUGGAGAAGAAGAUUUCAAAUAUCUUAGACCAAUGUCAUAUCCAGGAAAUGAUGUAUUUAUUAUUUGUUUUUCACUUGUUGAUCCAAAAAGUUUUGAAAAUGUUAAAGCUAUAUGGUAUCCAGAAUUACAUCGUCAUUGUCCAGCAACACCAAUAAUACUUGUUGGUACAAAACUUGAUUUACUUGAAGAUGAAGAAACUAUUAAAAAAUUAAAAGAUAAAAAAAUUGAACCAAUAACUUAUCCACAGGGUCUUGCAAUGGCUAAAGAAAUUGGAGCAGUCAAAUAUAUGGAAUGUUCAGCAUUCACAAAACAAGGCCUGGAAGCUGUUUUCGAAAAAGCACUACAUGUAGGCUUAGCUGCGCACAGAAAAAAUAAAAGAAUUCGCGAUUCGAGAAGAGGUGAAGGUGAAAGACUUCCUGGUUUAGACUACAAUUCAAAACAAUUAUUUUGGAUAAGUUAUGCAAAUAAAUGGUGUGAAAAAGUUACUAUUGAGGGUUCAAAAAGUGUCCUCUUGGACAGUCAUGCACCUCCAGAAUUUCGAGUAAUUGGUCCGUUAUCGAAUAUGAAAGAAUUUUCGAUUGAUUUUCAAUGUCCAAUUGGAUCAAAAAUGAAUCCUAUUAAAAAAUGUACUGUCUGGUAA